CUCUGAGCCAAUUCGAGGCCAGUGAUUGGCUUCGUAGUCGCAAGCUCGUCCUUUACCCAAUCAAACAUCAACAUAUGGCGUAAUCCCGCCCCAACUCGGGAAAGUCGGCCAACCAUAGGCUGAGAGCAUUUUAAAGUCACUUUACUAACAGGAAAUCAUGCGACCGCGACUCAAAUACUGUUAACUUACUGUAGAAGAGAGGAAAAUGAAAUGUUAAAGUCAAACGACGACAGCUAAUGCUACAAAAUAAAAGUCAGAACAAUGCACUUGUCCUUAGGCUGCCUCUCUAAGCCUAUUCUUCAUGGAUACUUCAGAAGCUCCUGCUCCUGGAGGGUUCGCAUCGCUUUUGCGCUCAAAGGAAUUGAAUACGACCAGGCUCCAGUCAAUCUAAUCAAAGAUGGCGGUCUGCAGCAUACGCAGCAGUACAAAGCGUUAAACCCCAUGCAACAAGUGCCUGCAUUGGAAAUCGAUGGCAUCACCCUCUCUCAGUCGCUGGCAGUGAUCCAGUACAUUGAUGAAACCAGGCCGGGACCACUGCUACUGCCAGCUGACCCGAAGAAACGUGCCCAGGUCCGGAUGAUAAGUGACCUCAUUGCCUCUGGGAUACAACCACUGCAGAACCUGUACGUCAUCCAGAAAAUCGGAGCAGAGAAGGUGCAGUGGGCUCAGCACUUUAUCGAUCGCGGAUUCCAAGCUCUGGAGGCCAUUCUAAAGCAAACAGCUGGAAAAUACUGUGUAGGCGACGAGAUAUCCAUGGCUGACAUCUGCUUGGUCCCACAAGUCUACAAUGCAGAGAGGUUCAAGGUGGAUGUUGAGCAGUAUCCAACUAUCAAAAGGUUAAAUCAAACCUUAACUGAAAUUGAGGCUUUCAAAUUGAGCCACCCAUCCUGUCAACCAGACACGCCUCCAGAUCUGCGUGCAUAAAACAGCAGCUCAGCAGCCACUAUAUAUAUUCUUUAAUAAAACUACUUUGAAAAAUAA